AUGGCUGUCAUGUACUAUCAGUUUGAACGAUUUCCGCAGUUCCGCCCUUUAGCCUUUUCACUACUUUUCUCGAGUAUCAAAAGGAAUGCUGCAAAAACUUCAAGUACUGUUAAAAUUGAGAAGGGAAAUUUAAAUGUUGGUACAAUAGGUCACGUGGAUCAUGGAAAAACCACCUUAACCGCUGCCAUCACCAAAAUUCUAUCUACUAGAGGAAAAACGAAAUUUGUCAAAUUUGAAGAAAUUGAUAAGGCAAAAGAGGAACAGAGACGGGGCAUAACGAUAAAUAUCGCACAUAUUGGUUAUGAAAGUGAUACACGACGAUAUGCGCAUACUGAUUGUCCCGGACAUAGCGAUUUCGUAAAAAAUAUGAUUUGUGGCGCAACACAGAUGGAUGUCGCUAUUUUAGUAAUUGCUGCUACUGAUGGAGUUAUGACACAAACAAAGGAGCAUCUUUUAUUAGCUAAACAAGUUGGUGUUUCUAACAUAAUUGUAUUUAUAAAUAAAGUGGAUUUGGUCGAUAGGGACGUUGUUACACUAGUAGAAAUUGAAGCACGAGAAUUACUAGAGCACCAUGGUUAUACAGAUGAAUCAGUUAUUGUGGUGAAAGGGUCGGCAUUGCAAGCAUUGCAGAAAAAUGAUGGUGAAUGCAUUGAACAGUUAAUUUCGGCUUUGGAUAAGAUUCCUCUUCCAAAGAGGCUGCAAGAUGGACCAUUUCUGAUGCCUAUUGCAUCGCGAGUAUCAAUUACUGGGAGGGGAACUGUUGUCGUUGGAACGGUUGAACAAGGAAAAGUCAAAAAGGGUGAUAAAGUGGAAAUCAAGGGAGAAGGUCAAUGCGUUCAGUCAGUUGUUUCGGACAUACAAAUAUUUAAAAAAAGUGUUCUUGAAGUUUGUGCUGGUGAUCACUGCGGUAUUUUGUGUCGUGGUGUCAAAGCGAAUAUAGUGAAGAGAGGUAUGUGGGUCGGGACCGUAAAUGCGGUUACCACAUCUAAUUUCUUCAAGGUUGAGUUGUAUUUAUUAUCUGAGAAAGAAGGGGGAAGGCGUUUGGCAGUACAUUCUGGUUUUACUGAAAAGGUGUUCUGUAGUACGUGGGAUCAGGCUGGCCGCUUGCAUCUGGAAUCUGAUAUGCUAAUGCCUGGGGAACAUUGCACAGCUUAUCUGUUUUUGAUUAACAGAAUGCCUGUGAAGCAAUCAUUACCUUUUACAAUACGAGAAGGAAGCAAAAAGACAAUUGCUCGCGGUAUGAUUCGCGAAAUUUUCCCCGCAAUUGAUUUGGAUUCAUUCAAGGAUAUCAAAAAUAAAGGACUUGAAAAACUUAUCAAACAACAGCAGUGA